AGAAUGAGGUAUCGCCUUCCUCCAAUCUCAAUUUUCUCAGAAACUCAGCAGAGAGAAAACACUCAGAGAGGGUAGGAAGGUCAUUCAAGAUGCAGAUCUUUGUCAAAACUCUUACUGGGAAAACCAUCACCCUUGAGGUUGAAUCUAGCGACACUAUUGACAAUGUCAAAGCUAAGAUUCAAGACAAGGAAGGUAUUCCACCAGACCAGCAGAGGCUGAUCUUUGCUGGAAAGCAGCUUGAAGAUGGCCGUACUCUUGCUGACUACAACAUUCAGAAGGAGUCAACUCUCCAUCUGGUUCUGAGGCUUCGUGGUGGAAUUAUUGAGCCUUCUCUGAUGGCCCUAGCUAGGAAAUUCAACCAAGAGAAGAUGAUAUGCCGCAAAUGCUAUGCUCGCCUGCACCCCCGUGCUGUUAACUGCAGGAAGAAGAAGUGUGGCCACUCCAACCAGUUGAGGCCAAAGAAGAAGAUCAAGUAGAGCGUUCAUUUGUUUGCAGCUGAUAUUCGGGCAACAGUUUCCAUGAAGUUGAUGUUCGAAAGAAGCUGUUUACUAUGGCUCGUAGGGAUAAUAUACUUCUAAUUAGGUUUAAAAGAUUUGGUCAUUUUAGUUCUAGUAGUUUUAUAUUUUAUGUCUUCAAAUAAGGCGUAUAUGACUCGUUUGUUCAGAUAUCAGAUUUUGUUUUGUUGCCUGGAUCUUUAAUUUGGGUUUUGAGCAAGUAUGUUAGUGGUAAUUUUCAUUUAUCUAUCCAAGUUUUUUCUGCA